AUGUCAAAGUUACCCGCUCUUGUUUCCUUGCGGAUGAAUGAGAUAAGGGGCAUCUACAUAGAGACAAACAAUAGGGUCGUUGAGGAAAUGGAUGCAGUGAUAGAUGAGUUUGCCAAGGAUGUUGGAAGUUCUCCGGACAUUUCGACGAAUGUCAGGACAUAUCUCGAGGAGAGAAUCAGAUAUAUUCGCGAGUUUGUUGUCGAUCACAUAGGAUUCUCGAUAAGUGAGUUUAGGACAUUGUACAACCCCAAUGGAAACGAAAGUAUAAAGUCAAGGAGAUUUCCAAAAUUCAUAACAGAGGCCUUGGAAAGGAGCUUUGAGAUCGACCAAUAUCCCUCGGAGGCCGAAAAGGCAAGGCUUGCAAAAAUCUGUAAACUUUCAACCAAACAAAUAAAUAACUGGUUUACGAACAAAAGAAAUAGAACCAAAGGGCAUGAAGGGGGCAGACAGUAUUAA